CAAGUAAGAGAACUGGCAAUGCAAAGCCUGGUAAAUCCAUUUUCCUGCCUAUUUAAGAGUGGAGUGGCGGCCGGCCAUGCCAGACUUCAGCAGAUCAGCUCCGUGCAGACACGCGCCCAGAUUGUGUUACCGAUUGAUAUCAUUAGUCGCUUUGGAGAGGUCUAAGAUGAGCUUUUCCGACUUUUUAAAUAAAAUCCCCGUGGUGGGCCAAGUGAAAGGAGUGUGCCAGUACGCCGUAGGAGACAUUGAAGGAGGAUCCAAAGCUCUUUCGGAGUCCACCAAGUCGAUGUGCGGCGUGGUCGGAGCGGUGGCGGGCUGCGCCGCGGCCGGCCCGGCCGGCGGCGUGGCGGGGUACGUGGCCGGAAGCGCUGCGGCCGAAGCUAUCGUAAAGAUUACUGACCCAAAUACAAGGCGAUAAGAAGAAAUAUUUCAAAUCUUAAUUAAUCUAACUAUAUACAAAUAUACCUUUUUUCAGUUUUUUAUAACAUAAGAUGAUAUGAUAUUGUAUCUACCCAAGUUAAGGUAACAAUUUCUACAAAUUGUAAUUGGUUUUUGAUGCUAAUGGACAAUGUACACUUUCGUUUCCGUCAAUUCUGUAGCUAGGAUUAAGCAGUCCCAAAAAAACCUCAACGGCGGUUGAGAAACAUAUGUGGAUUUCACCUUACCUACUUAUUUACAUUGACCUGAAAUUGUAGCUUUACCUUUUUUGUAUAUCGGGAUAAGGGAAAGAUAUCAUCUAAUAAAAUAAUAUAAUAUCUAAUAAAAUAUGAGAAGGAAUAUAAA